AUGUCAGCGCCGGGAGCCUCUGCGUCGCAAGCUGCUAGCUCCGAGAAUGUGAUCCCCCGUGCCGAACUCGAUGUCUCGAAGCUCCAUGCCCUACCAUCGGAACAACAAGACCUCUACCUCCUAACCUUCACGGCCGACCUGGUUCAGUAUACCGCGAAGCUUGACAAAGAUGAGAUAUCCUCUCAGCAAGGAUUUAUUAAGCAGGAAUUGUUUAAAAUUAUAAAACUCCCCUCGCCUGUCCCUUCACGAGUAAUACGGAAUAAUAUUGGGAGAUGCUUUGGCGCUAUAUUUACUAGGGGAAACCGAGCUAUACUCUACGACACUGUCAACGAGCUGAUAGGGAUUUUGAAUGCUGGGAAAAAUGAACUGGAUUUGAAGGCAAAAUUUGCUGCUGCAGUUGCGCUGGGAGAUAUUUUUGUUGCAGCCGGAGAUGGCAUCAUUAAUCAAUCCAGCGUGACGGUCUCGGCUCUGUUUAAGCUUCUCAAAUCCUCUCAGAAUCAUGCUGGACUCAGGGGCUGCAUUUACUCCGCCGUGAGGAAAGUUGUGUCCGGAAUAGGCAUACCGAUCGACGAAUCGACUGCUAAGGAUAUCUGGAAACAUGCUCGAAAUGCAGCCGUGGGCGAUAAGGCCUAUUCGGUCCAAGCUAGCGCUUGUUUGUGCUUGGGACAACUUAUUAGGAACACGCCAUAUUUCAACAACGCGAAUGACUUUGAGAACCUAAAAUCAACCAUAUGGAAAGUUAUGGAUAGCCCAAUAACUUCAGUGAGACAUGCGUCCGCCGCUUGCCUUGCAGAAAUGCUGGUCAAAUGUCAUUCGGCUCGGGGUCAUAUUGAAGUGCCUAUCGUCAAACGACCCAAAAAGCCUUUAAAAAAGGCAGGUCCUACUACAGUUGAGGAUGAAGUCCCAGAGCGCCCUCAAUCCCCGUCAGGACGGAAAGCAGAAACUAUCCUGGCAUUUAAACUUCCAGACCUUCUUCGGCAACUAUCUCUUCAGUACUGUCGAAUGUCAACUGGAAACAGAGCAAGAGCUGGCAUUGCGGUAUGCUACAAACUAGUCUUGCGUGCUUUGGGCGAAAAGCUAGUUGAAGAGCGCUACGCCGAGAUUGCUGGUCAUCUCCUGGUCACUCUUUUGAACCACGCCACCAUAGUAAACAACCGAUAUCGCUUACUCAUGACCAGGAAAUUCAUUAAACACAUCUUGGAAGAUGUAGUGGGAUCAGAGAUUUUGAGUGAAAACGGGCAGCUUAAUGCUGCCAGAUGGUUAGUCAAUGACCUUUUGAAAGACUAUCCGCAAGUAUUGCAGGAACGUCGAGAGCCAAGCAAACAUACUUUGACUUGUGCCGUCAGCGCUCUAUCUUCUUUGAUAUGCUCUCUAGGCUCUGCGGUCGGUUCGAUUGCGGAUAGUUGUCGAGAAGCACUCUUGCAGGAUUUGCAGCACUCAAGUUAUACUGUCCAGAUAUAUGUCGCUCAUUGCCUGCAAAAUUUUGUUUUGGCAUGCCCUCAGCAACUACUUUCGUGUAUAACGAUAUGUAUGAAUAGCCUGCACAGAGAGAUCGGACAGCUAUCGACGCCUAGACAAUCAAGUCGGCGCUGUCUCGGUUAUGCCCAUGGCUUAGCUUCGAUGUUAAGCACAUCAAGGCUCCAGCCGCUUUACGGAUCUGUGGACAUUUACUCACAAGUAUUGUCCCAAGCCACUGAUUUGCUUAAAACGAGCGGCAGCUCUGAGCUACGGAUAGCUAGCACACAGAUCCAGGUGGCCUGGAUACUAAUUGGCGGCCUUCUGCCUUUGGGCCCAAAUUUCACCAAAAUACACCUCUCGCAGUUGCUACUGUUAUGGAAAAAUGCGCUUCCUAAGGCUUUACCGAAAGACGAUUUAUCCAAACGGAGUCCCUUAGAGCUGGGCUUUUUAGCUCAUGUUAGAGAAUGUGCCCUGAGCUCCAUUCUCGUUUUUCUCGAGUUCAAUAGCAAGCUUGUUACCUCCGAUGGUGCGAAGAGAAUUGCGACAAUGCUCCAAAAUACAAUAAUAUUCCUUGAAAACCUGCCUCGCAUCAAGUCUACAGAAGAUAUCUCACAACGUUUGUCGCCUUCUUUACACCUCAAAGACUUUCCGAUCCUGGUCCGGCGACGAGUCUUGCAGUGUUUCGCGAAACUGGUUAAUUUAAGUCAUACCAAUGUUGCAGACCUCCUAUCGCUUUCCAAUGUCUUAGGACUCGCGAUAUCUUCCUUUGCAGAUCCAGAUUUUAUGUCGAUAAACCCUCUGGAUUCUUCCGUUGCCAGUGUUGCUACGAGUUUUGAGAAUUUGUGGGAUCUUGAUGAUAAUUUCGGGUUUGGCGUAACCGGGCUCGCAACAGCAUUCUCUCGCGAUAGUGACCACAGGAACGAAAGUUUGGGCGCUAGACAACUGCCUACCAACACCGACAAGGCAAUAGACAGCAUGUUGAUCUCCCCAAUAUGCCAAGGGAGAGAACAUGAUUCAGUACUUCUAUAUUGUACACCGGAUAUCAAACACAGCUCGCUUCCCGAUCCGCCAGCCACUGAAGUAGUCAAUGCUGCUAUCAAGCUGUUUGCGACCACCCUUCCGUUGCAGGCACCCAAAGUUCAGGAAAGUAGUGUUGAGCAAAUAGCUACUCUUUUAGCUUCGCAAAGCCUUGCUCGAAACCCCGGCAGAAAAGCGGCUAUGACAGUUAAUAUUGCGGUGGCUUUAUUGUACACUCUUCGAGUCGCAGUGAAGGAAACAGAUUUCUUCCCCGGUAGUCUAAAAAACCCUGGGACGGAGAAGAUUGUGGGAGAGCUUCUCCAGACGUUUAUCACAGACCCUGAUUACAUCGUACGCACUAUAGCUUUUGAAGCUCUCGGGCGACUAUGUAAUAGCGCGGGAAAUUCGUACACGAAUUCGCAAAUCAAUUCCGUCAUCGAUACAAUUGUAGAAAAUCGUGACCCAAAUGCUCGUGCCGGGUGCGCCGCUGCGUUGGGCUCUAUCCAUGCCCAGGUCGGUGGCAUGGCUGCGGGUUUUCAUUUGAAGACUAUCAUCGGUGUCCUAAUGUCACUCUGCAGUGACCCCCACCCCGUUGUCCACUUUUGGGCUCUAGAAGGAUUGCUACGGGUUGUCGACUCCGCUGGGUUAACCUUUUCCGCCUAUGUUUCCGGCACUCUUGGAAUGCUGGCGCGGCUUUAUGCCACCGAUACACACAACGAAGAGUCCUCAUUAAUUGCAACAUCUAAUUACGAAACCGUCUUCUCUACGCCUCUAGCUAUAAGCCGAUGUGUUGAUGCUCUUAUUAAUGUCAUAGGUCCCGACCUCCGCGAUAUAACGAAGACAAGAGAGCUCGUUUUUACCCUAGUUAAGGAAUUUCAACUGGAAACGGACAUAUCAAUGGUGGCAGUGAGCUCUAGAUGCUUGGAUCAUCUGUCACUGUACGCUUCAGAUCAUAUGGACUUUCCCGGAUAUGUCCACUGGCUUCAGCAGGAACUGAAUUCCAAGGAAACACCGGUCCGUGAAGCUGCAGUACGAGGCCUAAAUAACAUCAUGAAACGAGAUCCGGAGAGAGUGAUACGUACUGCCUCCUCUACUUUCGAGGACGAGCUAUGGAUGGCUUUUGAUUCUAUUCCGGAUAAUGAACCACUCAAAGACCUCGUCCGUAACUGGCUGCACCGAACAGGACUUACAGAUACAGUUGCUUGGGUGCAACGCUGCCAUAAAGUUCUCACAAAAGCCCGUCCGAAAGCCGAGGAGGCGUCAAGCCCGGUUACCGCAGUCAAUACUACCGCUCCCGAUGUUCCGGAUGACGAAGUGGCCGGUUUCGCCUCUGCAGCUGCGACGGAAAACCGAGAUUCUGGUGAACCCGAUUCUCCAACCGGUCAAGAAUUACUUAAAUGGCAAACACGGAAUUUCGCCAUGUGCUGCUUGAGCGAGCUUUUGAGCAUGGUUAGCGCAGAGAUACAACCCGAUCAAACAAUUCCAUCGGAAGCGGCACUUCAGGAGAAGAUAGGAGAGAUUGUUCGAAUGGCGUUCUCCGCUUCUACUGCAAAUGUUGUUGAAUUGAGGAUCUGGGGUCUAAAGAUCCUCGAUCGUGUUUUGAAAAUGUUUGGAAAAACCCCAGAUCCCGAUUUUGCGGAAGCUUCUCUGCUAGAGCAAUAUCAGGCGCAAAUAGGCUCCGCUUUAACGCCGGCUUUCGCUACCGAUUCUUCCCCUGAGCUGGCCUCGGAGGCAAUAAACGUCUGUGCUACUUUUGUUGGAACUGGAAUUGUUACGAGCGUAGAGAGGAUGGGCCGUAUUUUCAAGCUCCUUGUUGUCGGCCUAGAAAAUUUUGCAAAUAAUCCUGAGACCACCGACAUUGGAGAUCUCAAGGGGCUUAAUUCGAACGCUCGGGUUAUGAUAAAGCUAGCACUGUAUUCUGCAUGGGCCCGAUUACAGAUUGCUAGCGCAGAGCAAAACUACUUAGUCAAAGUUAUCCAGCCUUACACUGCAAUGCUUACUCCACUCUGGCUCUCAUCUCUUCAAGAGUACGCUCGUCUUCGAUUUGAGCCAGACAUAUCAAGUACACUCGGAUCGAUUGGCGUGCCUGAUAACCUGGAUGAUACAUACGCCGCUUUGAACCGUGAGAUUCUUCUUAAUUUCUAUCAAGACUCAUGGUUGAAUUUCGUGGACGCCAUCGCCAGUUUAGUCGAAAAGGACAGUGCUUUUGUUUUCGAUGCGUUGGACAAUAAGGAGAAAGCUAAACCUGACCAAACCUCGGGAUCCGAGCCCGUUAUGAAUGGAACGAGCGGGAAAGGGAACAAUAUCAAUUACCGUGACGAGCCUGUUGCUUUUUUCUUUGUUCUCUUUGGUCUCGCAUUUGAAGCUCUUGUCGGCCAAUCGAGUGCGCCAUCUUCUCAAAUCCUCGAGAUUCUGCAAGCUUUGCAGAAGAUCCUACGGCCUUCAGUCGCCGGAAACGCGGUUUAUCAAGAUGCUGUGUUUUCGGAAACCAUCGAUGCGCUUGACAGGCUAGUGAUGACAGAAGGGCACAAUAUCCAAUCUGUGAUCGUGGAGAUUUCUCGAAACCUGGCACUGCAUCAUCAAGCCGCAAUGCGGACUGAGCUACGCACUGACAGCCUCUCGGAUGAUAUCGAACAACUUUUUGAGCUCACUCGCAACAUUAUCUUGGUUCUCGCGGGCAUCCUCCCUAACCUUAGCGAUUCCUCUCCCAAGGCCCGUUCCGCUAUAUCUGAGGACUCUAUUCCGCUUAUUCAACUCGCUCUAUCAUCUCUAGUCGACAUCACCUCCGUUUUCCCUUCAAUCAUUCGCUCCGAUCUUCACGCCUGUAUACUUCACAUAUUUGGCACUAUUCUUGCAACUGGCAGCUGCCAGACAAGCAUCGUACCACCAGCGCUCCCUAUUUUUCGACGAUUCAUCCUUGACCUUGCUGCUCCCUCGCGCCAUUCGAACGAAGAAACAACAAUCAUAUCUCACCAAAUUCGUGGCUGUAUAACCCGUUUUCUAUCAAUCCUCCGUGUAGCACAACAGCGAGAGUCAGAAGCGUCAUUGCCUUGUGCUAAAAACACUCUAUUAGCGCUAACUAUUCUCUUCACCGGCAGCAGCCAUGUGAUCCCUUCUCAAGAUCCUUUAAUCCCAGAGGUGUUACAAGAAAUGCUUGACUGCCUCCAGGACCUUGGCCUCGCUAGUGUUGCGGCUGGGUGUAUAAGAUCCCUCCUUCUUUCUACUCCCCGUUCGCCCACCGAUGAUUUUAUUGCCCGGUUCAUAUUUCCCCGCCUAAUCGCGUUUAUCGCUGGAAUUCCAACGGGAAUAGAUGGAGGCCCACCCAACGACCCUGAACAUGUCAAAGCAUCGAUCGCACAUAUUCUCGUAUCCUGCGUGGACUCUGCUACCAUUCCUGCCAGCGCCGUGCCAAAUGCAAUGGCACUCUUGAUCCCUGCAUUGUUGCAACGAGCGCAAAACGACGGCCCGGACGUAUACAAAGACACGGCUGCAAGACUGUUGGAAUUAGCACAGGUUGAUCAAAUCUCGUUUAGAAAUUUCGCGUCAAGUAUGGAGCCCAGCUUGAGGACGCUUACUGAGGACAUUCUACGAAGUACCGGGUCGGGUGGAAGCGCUGGACGCGCGAGGAGGGAUAUGAAUGAUGACGGUGCUGCUGCACCUAGCAUUACAUUGCGGAUGGACUUUUAG